UAUGUUGGAUGUGUAGUAGUGUAUGUUAGCGCGAGCUUGAGGAUUUAAUCGCGAUUUUGAAUUUUCGUAUUUGCGGUAAACGCAAAAGGUGAUAAAACUUAUGUUUUGGUGAGGUUGUUUUUUAUCUGUGCGUUUCCAGUUUGUUACGUAUAGUGUAUGGUUUGUGGACAAACAUUUUAGCGACUUUAUGUGUAAAAAUUUGUUACCUGCUCAUAGUUUGUUCCUAGGAUAUAAUUAAUAUUAAGGAAACAUUCCAGAGAGUACAGGAAGCACAAGCUGAACACAGGUUUCCGAAUCAACCCGGGAUAGUUCCUGUACCUAGAGGCAGUAGAGGUCCAAGAAGCCUAUAUUUACGACGAUAUGGCGAUAGUUUUGGAUUCACUCUCAGGCAUUUCAUCGUCUAUCCACCUGAUUCAGUUGCUGAGCAAUAUGCUUCGCGGCACGCUGCAGUGGGUGCUCUGCUCACUCCCAUGGACACCAUCUUCGUAAAGAACGUCAAAGAGAGGAGUCCAGCUAGACAGGCCGGCUUACAAAGGGGUGAUCGAUUGAUCGCUGUUAACGGUGUAGCAGUCAAAGAUAGAUCUUACUCCGAGGUGGUGCAAUUGAUCGUCAAGAGUCCAGAAUAUCUUCAUCUGUUGGUGGUUCCUAAGGAAGAAGACGUUUUACAAAGGUUCUUCGCCGAGACAGCCUACAAUCCAGCGUCCAAUCAACAAGUGUAUCCAGAAGCUCCUCCAUUCGAUAAACACACAGCUCAACAAAUCAUAUCUAAACGUCUAGCCAACGUGCCCACGGAAAGAUUCCAGGUCGAUGCCAUCUCUUGGAAGUCUCUACAACAGCAACCGUACGCGCUAGCAGCAGACCCAAUUCAAAGAGUUGGUUACGAAAGGCCACAGCACAGCGCCGAAAAUCUGUAUUAUAACGUUCCUAGACGAAGAGUUCAGCAAGAGAUCUACGCAGAGAUUCAUCCUCAUGAUACAGAAAGGAUUGCAAGGUCUAGGGCCGCACCCCAGGUUCCAUUAUACAAGAAAAUGGGCCGCAGGGCAAGUGAAGGAAACAUCCUGUCAGAUUCAGAGCAUUACAAUCAAGAAUACAGUAGUCUACAACCAGUAAGUCAGGACAACUACAACAACAUGAAGACUGUAUACAAGAGUAGUAACUACAUGCCCGAAGCAAACGACAUGUCAAAGAAUCCCAGCUGUAGACAUAGCAUCGAAGUCGAGAGGAGAAGAGAAUCAACGUCUUCCCUCUCGUCUUCGAUAACAGAUGGCAGUAAAGAUAGCGUGACCUCCUAUGGUUCUAAUCUAACAUUAACAGGGCAUGAAACUGAUGAUUCGGCUAUAAUGGACCGCUUUAGGAAAAGCGUCCAACAGAAAGAAGAAUUCCUAAGAACACCUGUAAACGUUGUGGACCAAUCCGAUGUUAGGAAAGAAUUUUACAGUAGGCCUAAAAAGAUGGAGAAACAAGUAUGGCCUCCGAAUGAAAGGGACAAACCCUCCGAACGAAAUUCGAAACCGAGCCACCAGAAUUUUAUGAGAGUCAAAAACGAUAUCGAUAAUGAACGAGAUCUCAGUGGAGGAACUAAUCAGAACGGUUAUCCGGUACAAGGUGGGGCUGUUAGCAAUAUGCCUCAACAAAGGGGUGUCACUUCUCCGAAAGAAAGGGAAAAUGUGGGUUUGCAGAGAAUCUACGAGGCGGCCAUGGCUCCCACUGGUUUUGACAACAUGGAAAGUUUUAAUGGAUCUGCAGUCGAUGAUGCGUAUUAUGACGACAGAAAGGUAUACUCACCUCCUCUUCAAAUAGUCUCCCGAAGAGCAAAAGAUUUCGAAUCGGGACGACCUCUACCCGACGACGAUCCGGUUCAGGCGAAUCGAACCAAUUUUUCGCGAAGCGAGUUGGCGAGACUCAGCAACAAAAAGUUAGUUCCUAACGUCACCGAAAUGGCGCAAGACUAUGAAAUCAAAGCUUCGGAGCCUAGGAAGGAUCCCAGUUUGACGUCUACAAAUUCGUCGAGCUCAAUUUUGAAAAGGAUACAGCGGGAUAGCAGGUCUUUAGAUAGUUCAGGGAGCAACGCCAGCAGUGCUAGCGUCAACGAAAUCUUGUUUGGAAGUGGCAGCGGUAAGGGGCUUUCCGGAAAUGUCACCAUUUCUAGCGGAAGCAAAUACUUACACUGUCCUCCGCCCUCGGAAACCCAAUCGGGCAAACCUUUAUCAGAAUUAGUAGAACUGACAACAAGAGUGCGGUCAAAUUCAGUUGAAUCAUGGAUUGGCUCGUUGGCAGACAGGCAAAGGAAGGCAAAAGAUGAUCCGAACAAAAUGAAAGACUCAGCAGCGACUCCGGAACUACCCCGAUCGCCUUCCAAUCCGCCAUUUGCCGAUUUACCUCCUCUAAUACCCGAACCUGUCGAACAAAUUCCUGUCACUCCUUCGUUAUCUGUAACUCCUGCCCCGGCACACAAAGCGAUUCGGCCAACUCAGCUGAACUUGGACGGGCCUUGGCACUUAAAACCACCCAAUACCCAGGACAGCAGACGGAAUCUGUUACUGCAUUUGGAAGAUAAACCUGUGGUGGUAAAGAGACGAAAUAAAAGUACUAACUUAGAUGAUGAACGGGCAACUCGACGAGAAUCUUACCUGAAGGCUACGGAAGGAGGUCGAAUGCACAUCGACAGCGACUUGAGCGACAGUGGCGAGCUGUCACCGCAGACUUUAAGAAGUGCGCACAGGCGAUGGCGACCUCCUCUAUUUCCCGGUGAUAUUCAACAACUCAGAAAAAUGUUCGAAGACUCUACCUAUCCCUUGCGUGGCAGCGUGAGCAGUAGUAACGCCUCUUUGGAUCGGGAUAAAGUGUCGGGAGGUUCGAGUCCGUUGAUCGAGAGCAAGGAAUUACCUGUGGACGUGAGAGACGGAAUUUUACAUUGCAAAAUAUUGGAGAUAGAUGGCAAGCGAGCUGCCGAUAGAUCCUGGAAACAAGUGUUCGUUAUACUGAAAGGUCCCAAAUUGUUCCUUUACCGCGACAGACAUCACCAGAGUCCCGUAGGAACGUCAGAUUCUUUGGACCAAUCUUUAUCGAGCGGAGUAGACAUGCGUACCAGCGUAGUACGAGUGGCUGAAGAUUACACGAAGAGGAAAAACGUGCUUAGAGUAUCCUCCGUUAAGCCGUGUAGAUCUGAGUUUCUGCUUCAAGCCGAUAGUUCUGAAGAUUUUGCAGAUUGGGUCAAGAAGUUGCAGGAACAAGUGGCAGCCAGCACUGAGGCAGAGUUGGAUCCUCAAAACAGCAAACAGAAAGCGGUACCUCAAUCGGUGCCAGCUUCUACCACAAUCCAAGUACAAGGCAGUCAUUUAUCUCCACAACUAAACAAGCAGAAGCCCACAGCAUCUCGAAACCGUUCACCAACCGGCCAAUCUCCAGUUAGCAAAAGCAGAAAACCCUCACAAGUACCGGAGCCUACGUCGACCAGUCCGAAAUCAAAAACAUGGAGAGGAAGAAUGGUUAAGCAGUUGCGGAAGUUCAAUCAAGGAGUUAAUAAUCCGAACAGCCCUACGGCGCCAGAGGGAUCUACUUUUGGCAUACCGAUAGAAGAUUGUAUUCCUUCUGCUACUAACAUGUAUCUUCCGAAGUUUGUGGAGGUCUGCACGGAUAUCAUAGACGAGAGGGGAUUGCAAACCGUUGGGAUAUACCGAGUUCCAGGUAACAAUGCUUCCAUUACAGCCUUAAGCGAAGAAAUCAAUAAAAACUACGAGGAUGUACCAUUAGAGGAUCCUCGGUGGAAUGACUUGCAUUUAGUAAGCAGUAUACUAAAGUCAUACUUCAGAAAAAUGCCCAACAGCCUUAUUACUAUUCAAUUAUAUCCUAGUUUUAUUAAGGCUGACAAAAUUGAAAAUCCGAAAGAAAGGAUGGAACAACUGAGGCGAUUGGUAAAAAGUCUUCCGCGUCAUAAUUACCAUACUCUCAAACAUAUAGUGAUGCAUCUGAGGAGAGUAGGCAACAAUUCGAAUGUAAAUAAGAUGGAUUUCAAAAAUCUUGCAAUAGUAUUUGGUCCAACCAUAGUCAGACCUGAAGAGGAGAACAUGGAAAGUAUGGUCAACCACAUGAAUAACCAGUAUAAGAUAGUGGAGACAUUAUUAACACAUGCUGAUUGGUUCUUCCCAGAAAACGAGUCUGAAGAUAAUCUUCCUGUACCUGAUAGCCUCAAUGAUGGCCUUGAAGAAUUUGAUAACAAUAACCAAUCGUUGCUGUUAAAUAAUAUUGGUAAAUAUGGAGCUCUAACACAUCCAAAAGAAAAGAAUGGUGCUUUGUUCUCAACUAUAAUCUCAGCUGCUCAAAGAAAAGUCAAAAGGAAACCAAAUAAAGCCUUAAGUUCGACGCAAGAGUCCAAAGAAGAAAUUGUGUCUCCUACUAACCUUAAAGUUUUUCCUACUCAAUCCUUCUUACCAACUGAUCUCAAAGAGUGCUCGUUGCCCGACGAAAAGACUCAAGAUAUACCAACAACUGUGAUGGACAUCGAGAAGAAAAAUACUUCAAGUGCGGAAAAAGUGCCUUGGUUUAAGUACUCAGACGCGGACGAGUUUCAUCGGAGGAUUGAGAACUUCAAGCAGGAGACUCAAGCAAUGUUGCAGUUACCUAGAAAAACAGAAAUAUGUAUUAGUAAUAUAGAUCCCCGGACGAUGGGCCAAUACAGCAGCACGUCCGCCGGCAACGUGAAUCGCAGCAACAGACUGAGCACUGCCAAAGAACCCGAAGGUCAUCAUCUCAUGAAGACCCACAGUGCUACUAAUGUUUUUUCGAGAACUGGCAAUUCUGCAGAGCUGAAUCGUAACAGUCUCGCCACCAUGGACAAUUAUUCAGUGCAAUAUAAUAAAAACGGUAACGAUUACCAAUACGUAAAACAAAGUGGCGCUAGUAAUAAAGUGACAAAUAAUACGAGAAGUGACGUUACCGACGGUAAUAGUGAUAGGACAGUGGGGGCUUACAGAAGUACUAUUAGAAGGGGCGGUUCUGUAGAAAAUGUUAGUUCUAGUUCUGUAGAUAUAUCGAAUGGGAAGAAAGUCAAGUAUGAAAGUGAGAGUGACAGCCAUAGGACGACUGGUUCCUUGGAAUCCCUUAACAAAUUAUCAAACGAUGAUGAAUCGUUACUAAGCACGAUGACCAAACUCAUCGAUGAGAAGCUAAAAGAAGAUACAUCGAUCUUAUCUGGCGACGGAAUCCCUUUCGUCGACGAAUCUCCCGAAAAACACCCAAAGAAUUCUUAUCCAGAUAAAGAAAACAUCCCCCAGGCUAGUGACUUGUACAGAAAUCCCAGUUUACAUAAAAACCAACUCAAAAUGUCAAAAAAGGAGGACAAAGAGUAUAAAAACGAUAAGGAGAAAGAAGUAGAUACGAUGGCUAUGGAAAAAGUACCUGAUAAUGAUAGAAACAUUGCUAAAACGUUAGUGUUUUCAAACAACAACAAGCUCAACCAGAGCGGAACAAAAUUAAGACGGUCCGAGUCUUUAAAUAAGCCAGAACGAACGGUCUCGCCUCUCAGUAACAAAUUAAAAAGAUCUGAAAGUUUAAACAAAGCUGGAGACAGAUUGAAAAGGUCCGACAGUUUAAGUAAAAGCGAAAAAACCGAGAGCAACAUCAAUCGAAAACGGGAAAUAAACCUUAGCAACCGCAGAGUUAAAGAUUCAGUCAAAAACAAAAGGAAAAACGGUAUGCCCGAUCGUUCUAUCAAGAGGCGGCAUACCGUAGGUGGUACAAAAGACCCUGAUAAAAUAACUUGGGUUAUGGACAAUAAGAACCAACAAGCCGACUCCAAUCAAGAGACCAAGAAAGAAAAGAAUCUUAGAACCAGCUCGCCAGAUUUAAGCUCCAUGCGCCGAGAUAGAUUUUUCUUCGAAAUCAAUCUGAUUGGACCCGAAAAUAUGGUCGUAGCUCUGAGACAGCACCUUGUAGGAGCACGGCCUCAAAGUUUUCCUGAGUCUUCAGUGUUUAAAGUGCCUCUUGAGUCGCAUGUGUGAUUAAGAGUACGUACAUAAACUGGAAAUGUAUAUAUCCAUUCUGUUGGAGUUAAUAUUUUUGAAAGUAAUCAAAAUUGAGCAAGAAGCUUAUUCAAUAUUGCAAAUUUCCAAAUUUUAAGUCGGCUUGAUUACAUUUUAAUGUUUGGCAAUAAUAUUGUUUAGUUAGAUAUUGUGAAAAAUCAGCAUUUACUACGUUUGCUGUUAAAGCUGCUUAUCAGAAUGUGUUUUUCUGAAUAUAAUAUGGUAAAUGAACCCAAUAAUUAUCUUCUUCAUGGUGCAAAACAAGCAGAGCAACAUUAUCUGUUACAUAACAAUUAUAUUCCGGCUGAGACGUAGAAAACAGAGUAUACUUUUCUGAAGGUUUUUGGUGCGCUGAAUACGAAUCUGACUUCUAAAUUGACGAAUAGCUCUGGCUUCUGAGAGAUCCCAAUUUGAAAACUAAAAAAAUAGUACACAUAAUACCUUAAAGUGUAUGUCUUUCUCUUUCAAAUGAGGUUGAGUUUGCUCAAAUAUUUUGAAGUUUUCAUUUUCGUGAAAUUUCCUAUACCUGAAAAUUAUUAAGAUAUUAAGUGUGAUACAAUCGAUGAGUUUUUUGAUAAUUAAAACAUAGUCACAGAUCGUAGUCGAGUUAAACAAACUAACCACACAUUUUAACUUUCCUAACCCCUAAAAACUCUGUAACUAAGUAACUACGUAACUCUGAAAACCGCGAAAUUACUAGCUUAUCUUUCGUGUAGAAUUUUAACCCUUACAACACGCUAGCCUAUUGACCUUUCCACCUAAACUCUAACCUACUUUACCCCUAGAAACCACCCCUAAAAUACGACUCCCACCAAAUCACAAGCAUGGCUGAACCACUUACCCUAAGUUCACACACCUCAAGCCCAUAAAUCUUAACCUGCAAUUGUGAGCCUAUAAGCUUCAUGUUUGUACAUCACAGGUUCUCAGACUCCAAGCUCCCGCAGCCCAAGUCCACAAUCCUCAUGCAUGCAAUGUUAAUACGAUGCUACAUAACCUCAAAAACUGCUAUUUUUGCAAUUUUAGGACAGGAUAUCUCAGAAACUAGAGCCAAUUUUGCAAUUUAGAGCUCAGAUGUCGAUUCUGCGCACAAAAAAUGUAUAUUCUGAUUCUGAAAAGUAUAUUCUGAUCUCUUAAUCCGAAUAUUUUUCAAAUUUUGCCUUCCUCUGUUAUUUUCGGCAAUUUUUUUGUUUAUGUAACAUUUUUUAAUUAAAAAUCCAUAAGGAAAAAGUUUUCCUGUAGUUGGCUGUAUACCAUGUAAUACAAGAAAAUUAGUAAAUCUUUUAUAAAAGGUAUAUAUUUAAAAUCCCUAAAAAGGGCUACAUCACAAUCACAUAACUAGUUUUCGACUGGUUUACCAGUCAUCAUCAGUGCUUACCUAAAAUGAAUAUAACCUAUAAAAUGAUGCAAAGAUUGAAAUUUUGACUGUUUAAAAAAGCUGUCGGUUAUACUCACGUGAAGUUUACAUGCUAACCACCAAACCAAAGUUAAACUAUAUCUUGGUGGUUAGCAUGCAAACUUCACGUGAGUAUAACCGACAGCUUUUUCAACAAUAGUCAAAAUUUCAAUCUUUGCAUUAUUUUAUCAGGUUGUAUUCAUUUUAGGUAAGCACUUAUGAUGACUGGUAAACCAGUCGAAAACUAGUUAUGUGAUUGUGAUGUAGCCCUUUUUAGGGAUUUUAAAUAUGUAUAUACCUUUUAUAAAGGAUUUACUAAUUUUUUAAUUAAAAUUACUAUUUUUAGCAUUCAAAAUAAUGGUUCAUGAUGAUGGAUCAAUUUUUUAAGCAAAACCUAGUGAACACUGUUCAGGUUCAGGUAAUAAUAGUAACUGAAUUAAAAACUGGAAAAAAAUCAAUAUUUAAAACAUAAACAGCUUUAACAAACAUACUUUAGUAAAAACUUGUAAAAAUUAGUACAAUUCGAAAAUAUACGUAACUCUUUAUGCUAUGGUUUAAUAAAAUAGAGAAUAGAAAAGCUCUGAUUCUAAAUCAGUUUGAUAUCCAGUUAAACUGAUUACUUAAAAUGAAUGAGGUGCCUUCAAAUAACGGAAACAUCAAUACUUUAGACUGAUUUGUGUCCAGUGUGCAAUAAUUGUGCAUUUUUAUUUAUUUGUUAUCAAGAGGUGAAAAAUGAGCGAUAUUCACUUUUGGAACAAAAUUAAUAAUAGUUGUUUAUAGCGUAUAUAUAUCCUGCACAGUAGUUUUAAUCGAAAACAGCCUAAAGUUCUUUCUAAUAUUCUUUUAUAGGAAAUUUUGAUUUAUUACUUAUUUAAAAAGUUGUGAUACGUCAUAUAAGGGACAAUAUGCUGUGUGGUUUAAUGCUUGGCUAUCAAAAUGGUUAUAAAUGUUGUUUAUUUUUUCGACGUGGUCAAAGAAUGUCAUGAAAGAAUUCUGCAUCUUUUAAUUUUAAUCCUUCCCAACAAUCCCAAAUAUUGCUUCCCAAUACAAGAUAUCUUACUAUCCACACUUCAUAACGUCUUUGUGUACAAACAUUAAAGCAUAUGUAUACGUAUAUAAUAUUCUCCUAUCCGCUGUGAGCUCGUAGGUAGAGGGGAUAUUUAAAAGUUCGUGAGCGCCAGUAGUGACAAGUCAGUGAACGUUUGAUGGACAUUUGACAUAAAAGUCAAAGUGAUUGAUUUAAAACAUUGAAAUUAAAAACAUUAAUAGGAAAAAAUAUUAGUUGGCCAAAACUGUGGCAUAUACAGUAUUGUCCAAAAUAAACAGUACUGAACUUGUAAUUAUUUUAGUGUUUAAAAAAAUACAUAUUAUUAACAUGCUAUAUAAUAUGUGCUCCUCCUCGCUCAAGACAGACUUCAUACCGAUGGUCUAAGUUUCUCAUCAUGUUAUAGAAUAAGGGUUGUCUCAGGUUCACUAAGAGGGCUCUGACGGCACAAAAACGGCAGGUUUAGACAUGUCUCAAAUGUAUGCAACUGGAGAUGAGGUCUGGAGAAUGUGUAGGAUAAGCUAAAUUAGUAAAUCGUGAAAUGAAUCUACUUGGAAAAUCUCCCUGAAGAAAUUGACGAACUGUUCAAAAGUAUGGCAAGUUGUCCCGUCCUGCAAUAUUUGAUAUUAUCGGCUGAUUCCGUAUGAGCGAAAAUAAUGUUCCACCAGAAAAAACUUUCUUCUCUGUAUUCAACACCAUUUUUAAUCAUUAGGCCUUACUACUUUAUUGUUUAAGGAUUACUUGACAGGUCUAUACUAAUUAAUUUGGGUAUGACAGCGCGCUCAAAGAGACACCUAUGUUUUACUUACAGUACUGUUUAUUUCGGACUAUACUGUAUUUUUACCUUAAAUAUACUUACGUUUUAAAUAUUAAAAUUGGCUUUUUUUACAGUUAAAUAUAAUCAAUCUAUUCGAAACUAAUAUUCGCCAGCCAAUACGUCAAAAUAAGCAAAAUAAAACGUUAAGAAAUAAAUAAUAAAUUUAAUUUUAUAUUAAAUAAACAAUUAUUUGCUAUUAUUCCCAAUAAUUUUCUCAUUAAAUUUCCGGCAAAAGUUGCACUCGUAAUCCGCUACUUGGCGAUACCAGCGAAGCUCAGCGAAUAAGUUCAAGGUUGGUUCGUGUAGAUGUUUUGCCUGUAAAUUGUGUCGGUAAAUUAUAUUAAUUAUUUAACAAUAAAACACUGAAAACUUUUGUUUUAUUGUUAGAUAAAAUGAACUUCCAUCAAGUAACAGUCGAAUCCAUAAGUUAUAUCAAUUAUUGAUAUUAAUAUACGAGGUGACGACUAUUCAGCUCCUCCAGCGAUUUUCCUUUAAUGUUUUUAAUCGAGUUAUACCUUUGACAUUCCAAAAAUUUUUUUCCAAUUCUAUUUUAGUGACGUCACGUUGCCUAGCAACCGUCGAUUCUCCCAUUAUGAAAUUCUAUUUUGUGACGUCAGCAAAAUAGAAUUUCAUAAUGGGAGAAUCGACGGUUGCUAGGCAACGUGACGUCACUAAAAUAGAAUUCUACUUGGCGUGUUCCCGCACCUGGUUACAUGGCCUCGAUAGGCUAAUAGAAACGCUUGUUAUGAGUUCUUGACAUACUUGACCUCGGUGUUGUUUUUGUUCGUACGUCAACAGUUUCGGAACAAACUUUGAACCAAAUAGGUAUGGAAAUGCAAAUAGAAAUAUUUAUGACACCGUGACCGACUCUAAACAUUCAUCUAUAAACACUCUGCGUAAAAAAGCGCCCAAUUAAUAAAACUCGUUGUAGAAAGACAGUUAUAACUUCGUAAAAACAAAACAAAUUGAAUGCUGGAAAAACAGCAGAGCUUGCGUCAUGGUAAACAAGCUGGCAACCGUACUGCGCUUUAUAUGAUAUGGCGUUGCCACGAAAUUCAAAAUGUCUUAAUACUAUUUUUUUUAGAAUUCUCUAUUCGUGUAUCUUCUAAGCAAAUAAUUUGUUUUACAAUUUUCAUGUAUCCCCAACAAUAUAAUGAUAGAAAUCCCAUUACACCUGUUGCCUCUCAGAAUUUUUCUUUUAUGUAUGUAACUUCGUCGAAGUUUCUUAUAAUCAGCAUAUAAAUACAAACCAACAAUUGAUGCUUUUAUUAAACUGCACAAACGUCGUCCCUUGGUUAUAUAUUUUUAUACAUAUAAUUAUUAUUUUAGAUAUAUUUUAAAUAGUAUUUUAGGACAAACUAGGUUUUCUGGAUAUAUUUUAGUAUUAAAUUUAUUCUUUGUGUUCCAAAAGGAGAUCCUCACAAUUAAACUAUGAGUUUAAUAAACGACAUAAUUAUUAUUUUAAUAUAACAUGAAGGAAAUGAAAUUUCUGACCAAUUAGUCUAAGCCUCAAAGACAGAUAGAUCUGUGUUUUUUGUUCGAGAGAUUAUUUUCUGGACGUAUUUUAUAUAUCACUGUAGGCUAUCGAUAUAUAUGUUUUAAUUUCCAGGCUUUUAGGUUUUUAAUUUAGUGAGUGGAGUAUUUUUAGUUAGUCCUUCCUUCUCCCAAACAAGAUCUUGUAUAAGACAACUCCAUACUGUGAUCUGGAAUAAAAACAUUAAAAAAAACAAAAAAUGACAUACCAAACAAUAGUACGAAGUAUCAUGACAGAUGCAGCAGAAAUUUGGGUCAUAAACAAAUAACACUGUGGUCUGACCAGAAGAGACAGAAUAUUAAAUAAAGAAUAGUUGAAAUACUGAUAAGUUUGUACACACUUAAAUGAAUAAAGGAAAUAAAAAAUGUAGUAUAUCAAAGUGUGUAAAUAAUUUAUUUCUUUAGCUGAGCGCUUUCGACAUAAACGUCAUCAUCGGAGCUAAUGCUAAAAUAAAAAAAGAGGUCUUGUAAGAAAAAGAAGUAAAAAACUCUUUUUUUACUAUUUGACGUAAGUAAAAAAAGAGUUUUGUACUUCUUUUUCUUACAAGACCUCUUUUUUUAUUUUAGCAUUAGCUCCGAUGAUGAUGUUUGUGUCGAAAGCGCUCAGCUAAAGAAAUAAAUUAUUUACACACUUUGACAUACAUUUUUUAUUUCUUUUAUUAAAUAAAGAGAUAAGGAGAAGAAUGAAAGUGGAAAAAGACACCCUGCAGUAAUAGACCUGGAUCCCGCGUAAGAAAGAAAAGUUGAUUAAUAGCAAGCUGAAAAUUUGUUAAUAGCUUAACGGUGUCUAGUCGGACAAACUUUGAUGCACGGGAACACUGGAACAGGGGAAGUUUUAACUGUGGAGCAUGGUAAACGUGUCGUCCUGACAAGUUUAUGAAUGUGAAAAAUAGCAAGUUGUUUUUAAGUUUAUUCGAUAGCCAACGUUAUGUAAUAUAUGCGAAAAUGUUUGUCCGACAAAAAUGUUGGGCAUUUUAACGAGUCCGACACUUAGAACAUGUCACAUCACAGGAAUUAUGUUGGUGAUGAAUAGCAGUCUGAUUUUUGCAUGAGAGUUUAAUGAAAGGUUAAAAAAGCAAUUGGAAGUUCUGUCCGACAAAAUUAAUGGGAAGUUUUCGUAGUCGGACAUUCUAAACAGGUAAGAUAUAGACAAAAAUGCUGGUGAUAAAUAGCUUUCCGACAAAGACGAAAUUUAAUUAAGUAAAUUAUUCCUUACCAAGAAUGACUGUUGUCGGAAAAAAAUAAGGGGUAGAUUUUGUAGUCGGACAAUUUAAAAAAAUAAUUUUUGAAAUUUCAAUUAGGGGUGAUUAUUCUAUGUCAAAAGUACCUGCAAUCAAUUACAAUCGAUAUCUUUCGAUUUAUGUCAACAUCAUUUAGAUACCUCACUGUAAUACAUUUAUAGUAGAUCAGGCAAAUUAUAUUAUGGAUUGAGUGGUCUAGCUAUCUUUGUCUGCCACAUGCGCGGGACCGCUUGGUUAAAAGAGAUAGAUAGACCACCUAUCGACUUUUUGCACUGUAUUCCCUGUCUACCCUUAUGUCUACGAAUACAUUUCCAAAAACUGUCACUUUUGACAAUAAUUCAUAAUAAAUUGCAAUCGUAACUUCAAAUUUAAACUAAUCGAUUUAUUUUGGCAGCAAAUUAUUUCUUGCCAUGUGACAUAUUAAUUAAAUUAUUAUUUCAUUUGUAGAAAGUUGAGAAAAAUUACGUUAUACAAUUUUAGUAAUAAUUUAUUUAGGUACCCCUUUUCAAUAAAGCAAAGCAUUAUAGCACGAAGAAUGAUAUUCAAUAGAACUUUCACAAUUAUCUGGAAACUACACCUCAUUGAAUUGAUGACCAAGUAUUUUACUAACUUUGUAAAAUGUUCGAAAAUUACUCAAAAGUGUUCCGUUGAAUGGUUUCACUUUUGAUUUGGCGACUUAAAAUUUAAACUGUUGACACUCAAAAAUAGACACAAAAACACUCCAUAGUUAAUAUAAAUUUUAAUUUCCAACACACGUGGCAAACAGAAACUCAGAGACCAUGUACUUUCAAAUACUACUUUGUAUAGCACAAACUGUCACACUGACAAAUGCAGCCUUCUAAUACAUACUUCUAAGCAUAAUGUAUUUACGUCUAUUCUUAUAAGCACCGAAGUUUUAGACUCUUCACAUUUUUCAAUGUCGUUUACAGGGUUAAGAUUUGAGUAUAGAAAAAAAUAUAUACAACGUUUUUUGUAGGAAAUUUUCCGUACUUUCGGAUGCGCCUAAUUAGAAAACCCUAAGAGAUUGCUUUCACAUGUUCUUUGACAUUUUUUAUUUUCAUUUUGAGAAUAUCUAGAACAAACUCCACCCAAAAAAAUAAUUGUUUUGCAAUAUAUACAUGCAUUGAUACUUACUUCACUGUUUUUGGAGUGUGCAUGUAUAUAUAUGCACAUGCAAAUAUGUGAAUAUAAAUAAUAAUAUACAACUAAAAUAGCUUUAUCAAUAUAUGACUAAGUCAUUCCGAAAAAAUGUUUUUUAUUUAUUUCCUUCGAUUUGCCCAAACUUUUUGUCCGACAUAUAACUUUUUGCGUUACAAAAUAUAAUUUGUACAUAAACAAAUCAAAAUUAGCUUGCUAUUUAUCACCAACAUUUUUGUCUAUAUCUUACAUGUUUAGAAUGUCCGACUAGGAAAAUUUCCCAUUCAUUUUGUCCGACAGAACUUCCAAUUGCUUUUUUAACCUUUCAUUAAACUCUCAUGCAAAAAUCAGACUGCUAUUCAUCACCAACAUAGUUUCUGUGAUGUGACAUGUUCUACGUGUCGGACUCGUUAAAAUGCCCAACCUUUUUGUCGGACAAACAUUUUUUCAUAUAUUAUAUAACGUUGGCUAUUGAAUAAACUUAAAAACAACUUGCUAUUUUUCACCAUCAUAAACUUGUCAGGACGACACGUUUAUCAUGCUCCACCGUUAAAACUUCCCCUGUUUCAGUGUUCCCGUGCAUCAAUGUUUGUCCGACUAGACACCGUUAAGCUAUUAACAAAUUUUCAGCUUGCUAUUAAUCAACUUUUUUUUCAUACGCGGGAUCCAGGUCUAUAAACAGAGUGUUUCAUUAACAAUUGUCCAUAGAGUAACUGGAGAAACCUUAGCACAAAAUACGAAGAUUUGACCCAAAACACUUAAAUAAAAUAUUCCCGUAAAAUAUUCCGAGUGUUUUAUUACAAAUAUUCUCAAAUGAUUUUAGCCCGUUGUUCAAGCACCUUUUAGUAUUUUUUGUUCAAACUUGACACACAGUUUACACAUAUUAGGGUACUUUAAUUAGUCUUAAAAGAUAGUUUUCCGCUGUUACCAGAGGCGUGCUGUAGGGAUAUAUACUUCAUUUUCGCCCCUUUUUCCUCCUCACAAUCUACGCCACUGUCGUAAUAAUCAUUUCAGCAUAAUUUUUUGAUUCCUUGUUACUUUUUACAUAAAUAUCAUCCUUUUGUCUCAUUGCGAUAAAGUAAGUAGUUUUCAAGUUAUUUGCGUUUAAAGAUAAUGGAUUCCAUAAGACUAUGUACUUUAAACUACAUAAUAAUCUUAUUGAAUCCAUUACAUUAAAACGAAAAUAACUUGAAAACUGCUUACUCUAUCGCAUUGAGACAACGGGUGAUAUUUACGUAAAAAGUAACGAAGAAUCAAAAAAACAUGCUGAAAUGAUUGUUACGACAGUGGCGUAGAUUGUAAGGGGGGUAAAGGGGCGAAAAGGAAGUAUAUAUCCCUACAGCACUCCUCUGGUAACAGCGGAAAACUAUCUUUUAAGGUGAUACAGUAGCGAUCAACAGGUGGCAACAAACGCGGUCCAAUAUUGCGAAAGUUCUGCGAACUUUCAAAAGUGUGGCAACAGUGCCUCAAUAAUUCGACACUGACAGUGACGUUUAUACUAUCAAAAACAAUAAUUUUUAUACACAUAGGCGCAAAAUGUUGUCAAGUCAGUGACGUUCGAUUUCUUGUUAUAAAAAAAUCGAUUUUUAGUAGUUCCAAGAUUACACAAAAUCUAGGCAUGGGAUAAAAAAGUUUAUUUGAAGAAAGUGUAUUUUUUUGUCUUUCUUAAUGGCGGUACAGGCUCCUUUUUUCAAUAUUUAUUUUAGUUGUACAGUAAUUUCCACAUACUAACAUAUUUCUGAAAUUGGGCUCUGUACCGCCAUUCUUUAUUAUAUUACGAAUAUGUGUGCCAAAUAUCUCGACAAAAUAUUCAAAAUUAGAGCCGCAAUCUUGGAACGCGUUUGUUGCUACCUGUUGAUCGCUACUGUUUCCUCUUAAGACUAGUUAAAGUACCCUAGCAUGUGUAAACUGUGUGUCAAGUUUGAACAAAAAAUAUUAAAAUGUGCUUUAACCGUGGGCUAAAGUCAUUUUAGAAUAUUUGUAAUAAAACACUCUGUAUCUCAGUAAGGAAUAAUAUUUUAUUUGAGUGUUUUGGGUUAAAUCUUCGUAUUUUGUGUUAAGGUCUCUCCAGUUAUGAUAUGGACAAUUGUUAAUGAAACGCCCUGUAUAGAUAUAGAUGAGAGAAGACUAAAAUGGUACGGUUACGUACGCAGAGCAGAAAGUACAUGGAUAAAUAAGGUUGCAGAAUGGAGCCCAAGAUGAACAAGAAGGAGAGGACCACCGCGCGAAGAUCGUGAAAGAAUGAAGUCUACGAAGCCAUUUCAAAGAAAGGAUUGGAAGACGGAGACUGGGAAGAUCGUAAAAAAUUGAAGUCCUGGUUGACGGAAGGGACACGGCACUAGAUCUUCCUUUAAUUAUUAUUCCUUAACCUUCAGAUUGCAAGGCUUCUUCAGAAAUGGAUUCAAUAUAUACAUUGAAUAGUAAUGGAGACAUAAUACAUCCCUGUCUAACUCUUGUUCUGUUUUCAAUUUCUGAACUGGGUUCGUUAUCUAUUACAAUUUAUGCUCUUUGAUUCCAGUAAUGGUUUGUUAUUAUUCUUAAGUGCCUUUUGUCUAAGUUUUUUGUCUUUAGAAUUUGGACUAAUCAAUCAUAAAAUUGUAGAUUCCUAUUUUACUAAUUGAGGAUAUUAUAUACCUCUUAUCUUUUGUGUAUGAUCUGUCUUCCUUGUGGUCGUAUUUUCUGUAAAAGUUAGUCAAUUUAUGCUACAGAUCUAAUUGUUGCUUAAUAUAGUUUGACCUUUGUUCGGGCUUAGACUAACUGGCAAUGUAUACAUAGCGCAUUUAUUUGUUAUUUUUUUUAUUAUAUAGUUUGCUUUGAUUACGAUGUGAUUUUGAGUAUAAUUCCAAUAUAAAGCAAAUAAAUUUGUGAUAUAACGAUAGUUUAGGCUUGUACAUAAGAAAUAUUGUAUGUUUGUUCAAAAUUAACUUAUGCCUUUCGUCUUCAGUGUGUUUCUAGAAAACAACAAAUGCCAUUGAGCUUUUCAUUUGAGUUAGAUUCUGUGAAUCUCAACCACUUUGAGUCACUUAUCAUACAUAAAUCAUAAACUAAACAUUAAACGUACAUCUUUGGCAUUUUACGUUAUACAGGGUGUUCACAAACUGUCGUCAUGACAGAACAAGGUGGGUGCUCAUAAAGAGGGAAAUUGGUACUGUACAAAAAUAAGAUACAGUACCUACUACUUUAUUUAAAAUAUAUCUUUAUUGAUAAGCUUUGUACAGUCUGGUUGUAGGAAUUACAAAGUCUAUCAAUUCAACAUUUUUUAAGUAAUCAUGGUAUCACACGACUACACAGGCAUUUUAUAGUAUACUGUUGAAUAUAUUCCAAUGAUUUGCAGAUGAUUUAAAAUGAAAUAUAGAUAGAUCUGUUCAAUAGAUUCUAGAUCUCCAUCUUUGUGUAUACUCUGUGUUCAACGUUUUACACUAUUUACAUUGCUGUAGCUAUUUGAUGUGGAAAAUAUGUUUCUAGAUGAAACAAAGCUACGGCAUAGCUUAUAGAGGGUGUGUCAUGAUUAAUUGGACGUUAAGUAAGUGCAAACAAAAAAAAUCAAAACAAAACGUGUAGAUUCGGUAUUCUUGCGCCAUCUAGCAAAAUUUGUAAAGGUGAUAACGUUUUUCAGCUUAUUCAUACUUAGUAAUAAACGUAUUAUUUCAAUUUAAUUCGUUGAUUUUUCAAAUAUUUUAAAAAAAUAUGAAAAGUAGUUAAUAAAACGACUUGUGAGAGAAAAAAAAUAUUUUGCCAAACAUGUUAUACCUAAUGUUAUACCAGUUGUCACCCGUUAGCUAAUGUCUAAUUAAAUAAACUUCCCUUCUUCUUCUUAUGCAAUCCACUAAUGGAUGUCCGCGAUCACGUUUGACCAUUUUUCUCUAUGUAUUUUUAAAGAGUUUAUAUUGUUAUAAAAUAUAAAUAUAAGUAAUUGAUACACGAAAUUGUUGAAACACACUGAAUGAUCAUACUUUUAUUAGCAUAUAUUUAUAUAUCCAUUUCCUUUAACAGUAUUUUCGUACUGUGCCAAAAAGAAAUAUUGUAUCAAUUUGAUGAAUGAAUACUUGCUUGAUCGUUUCGAUGAAAAAACAAAGUUUUGGCUUAUUUUGUACAUAGAAAAUUUUUAUUAUCGCUUGUGAGUUGGUGUAAAAAUGGUAAAAUCUUAAAUAACUACUAGGCUGUUUGUAUUUCUUGCCUGUUAUUGUUUUUAUAGUUUUAAGCCCCAGAUAUGUAUGUGUUGUUGUAAUUUUGUGAAAACUGUAAAUAUAUUUUCAAAUUAUGCACCAGAA